AUGUCUGAGGCAAGUGCAGGGAUGCAUUGUUACGAGUCUGAAGAGCUGGAUUCUGUUGCAAGUGAUGAUGAAGACAGUCAGCAAGCAGCAUUUCCUCAAGCUAAUCCAGAUGCUCCAGUAAAGGAGGUAAGGUUGGAGCUUGGCAUGGAGUUUGAGAAUCUAGAGCAUUUCAAGAAGGCAGUUAAGAAGUUCAACAUCAACAUAGGGCGAAGCAUAUUCUUUUCAAGAGUGGAUUCAACUAGGUGCAAGGCCAUAUGUUAUGAUGAGGAUUGUCCAUGGCAGAUAUAUUGUGCAAAACGGUCGUUUCCAUUAAGCUUCCAGGUGAAGACUUUUGUCAAUGAACAUACCUGCAGCAAAGUUAAUAAGAACAAAUCUGCAGAUGAAAAAUGGGUUGUAGAGGAGUUUGAGGACAAGAUCCGUGACCAUCCAAACAUGACUCAAAGGCAGGCACAUGAUUUUUUCAAGAAGGAGUUUGAUGUGAUUGUGAAUGAGAGAAAGAUAUACCGUGCAAUGGUAAAGGCGAAAGAACUAAUAGAAGGAUCAGAAAUAGCUCAGUAUGCACUUCUUCGGGACUAUGCUAAAGAAAUAAUGAAGACCAACCCUGGCUCCACCGUAAGGAUUAGCACUGAUUAUGUCGAAGGGACUGAGCAUAAAUUCAAAAGGAUUUACAUAUGCUUGGAAGGGUGUAAGAAGUGCUUUUCGGUUGGCUGCAGGCCUUUUAUCGGGUUAGAUGGUACUUUUCUAAAGGGAUACUACCCUGGGCAGUUGAUGACUGCGAUCGGCCACGAUGCCAAUAACCACAUAUAUCCUAUAUCCUAUGUUGUGGUGGAGUGCGAAUGCAAGGAUAGUUGGAAGUGUUUUCUCGAACUUCUCCAAGAAGACUUAGGGGACGCAGCUAUCAAUGGAAUCAACUUCAUGUCAGACAUGCAGAAGGGGAUAAUCAUAUACUUGCUUUACUUUUCCCCACCAGGGCCUCAUCCUUGCUAUGCGUGA